UCACGUAAGUGGGCGUGGGGACCCGGCCCACACGUGGCCUCUGCAUGUGGCCAAAAGCUUGUCUUUCUUUGAAUUAAAAUGGCUCAGAUUUUGCCCGGUACCGGUAUGUGCCUUAAUUGUGGAGCAAUGUUUAAUCUAACAGAUCAUGUCCCUUUAAAAUUAACAUGUGGAUGUAACCUUUGUGAAGCUUGUGUGACUCAAAAAACAAGACACAGGAAAGAAUCAGUUGCAUGUCCUAAAUGUGGUGUCACUACCACGAUGCACAGUCACUUAAAACCGCGAGAGCAAUUACCAGCUAACCUAUUUGUUCUUGGUGGUUUGACAGCAGAACGCAUGGGAUUGAUCAGUGUGCCCAGGGACAUCCGUGCAAGAAUGGACACUCUAAAGCAAUUUUUAAGUGAUUCUGCGUGCCUUACGAAUAUUGAUGAUGAAGAUGCAUCUCCCAAGAUCUUUUGUGAAGAGUGUAGUCAAACUGCAAAUGUAAAGUGUGACAAGUGUGGAGGAGUGUACUGCCACUCUUGUUUUGCCGUUGUCCACUCAUCUUCUCGAUCAAUGAGGACUCAUGUCAGCACCCCAAUCUCUCUGGUUGUUACUACUCCCAGUCCGUGCUCAACCCACCCUGGAAACAUCCAUACUCACUACUGUGAGACAGAUAAGACUCUUAUCUGUCCUGACUGCUUGCUGGAAAAACAUAGAGAUCACAGUAUCAAGAGGUUACAUGAUUUGGCCAGUGAUUAUCGUGAGAGGCUUGCCCCUUUGUUGGAGUCUGCAAGUGAUACCCUCGCUAAAAUGUUCGAAACAGAAAAGACUCUCGCUGACAAGCUGAAGUCUUUAUCUAGUCUCCUAGAAAGCAGUGCAGAGUCCGUGCCAGCGUGCUUCGCUCUGCUUCACAAUGCACUGGAAACGCAAGGGUCUAGUGUUCUGAGGGAGCUCAUCAAGGCUGUUUCUUUGUAUGGCAGACCACUGCAAACUGCUAAAAGGGUUGUGCACAGUCAUGUGAUGUCUUUGAAUUCAGCAGUGAGGGAGACAAAAGCUGCUCUUGACAGUGACAAUCAUAUCAUCGAGAAUGGAGAAAACAUAUUGUUAAAGCUCUCAAAUAUUCACCAUCUUCCACAAGGACUGGACGUGGACAAUCACCAGCCCAUCAAGUUCAGCGUGUCACCGAUCAAGUGUGCUCUUAAAUCUGGAUGCUUGACAUUUGAUCCGGAGUACAAGGGGCCGGCUCUACUAUGUCGAGAUGGCCCAGUGGAUCGUAAGUAUCUUGACGUCACUGAUGAGAGAGAUUCCAUCCCUGGCUCUUCAGUCACAGAGCACUUGGAGAUUCCUGGUCAAAGGUCCGAAGUAAGACACUCAGCUACACUAUCUUCAAGUAUCUCUCCUGUGAGUGAUAGAACUGACUCAAGUAUCCAGCACAAGAAAGUUGCCGUGGACAUACAAGGAGCUGAGCACUUGGAGAUUCCUGGUCAAAGGUCUGAGGUAAGACGCUCAGCUACACCAUCUUCUCCUGUGAGUGAUACAACUGACUCAAGCACCCAGCACAAGAAAGUUGCCGUGGACAUACAAGGAGCUGAUGAUGUACUGGUUACACAUAUGGAGAGCCUAGAUGAGUUUUAUGUCCAAACUCAACAGCAACAGGCACAAGUGGCUGAAAUCAUGGCUCAGCUACAUGUAGAAGACCAUUCUGUUCUUUUGUCUGCGGAUGACCUUUAUAUAGGUCUCCCUUGUGCUGCAAUUUUCUCCCAGGAUGGGAAAUGGUACAGAGCCAGUGUAACACGCUGCCUUGGGAACCAUUCAGUGACAGUGAAGUAUGUUGACUAUGGUAACUCAGAGGAUGUGGGUUUGUUGAGCAUGCUGCAGCUCCCAUGCCACCUGCUGUUGGUACCGCCACUCUGCAGUAGGUGUGCCCUAGCAAACAUAUCCCCAUUCAAGGAAGGAUCGUAUAGACACUCCAGUUGGACCAGAGAAGCUGUGUCUGUGUUCUCCAAUUUUGCCUCAAUGGAUUCAGUUAAGAUGAAGAUCCACAACUGGACAUUGAAUGGUGUUCUCCUGGUAGACUUACUCUACCAAAGCAAUGUUGGACACGUCUCACUCUGUGCUACGCUGGUCACUAUGGGUUUAGCCGUUCGUGGCUUGUGGAAGUUGCCGAAGUUGAGCGAAGAUGGCAUUACUCCUCACUGUACACUAGGAUGUGGUGACACCAGAGAGGUCGAGAUACCUGUCGCGGAAAACCCUUAUGACUUCUUUGUUCACAUUAAGGCUCAGUUAUCUGAUUUGGAAGAGCUGAUUGAGCAAACGCGUCGCUCUGCUGCAAGGAACAAACUACCGAUUGGGUCUCCUCGCAAAGGAAUGCUGUGUAUCGCUCAGUAUACCGCUGACCAGAUGUGGUACAGAGGAAUAGUUGUCGAUGCGAGUGAGCAAGGAAUACGGGUAUUAUUUCUAGAUUUUGGGAACGACGAUAUAGUGUCAACAGUUUACCCAUUGCAUCAUGAGCUGAGAAGGACCCAGGUGCAGGCCAUCCAUUGUUCCCUGCACAAUGUGAAACCACUGAAGAGUGAAGACACGUGGCCAGAGAAUGUGGCAGAUUUCUUCAAUGAACACAUUGGAGGGAAGCUGUGGACUAUGGUUGUAAAGGAUGUAAUUGGAAAGGGUGUGGCAAGUUGCAAUUUUGUUGACCACCCAUUGGAUGUGGAGAUGAUUGAGAUAAAUAGUGGUGUCAAUCUCAGUACUCUGCUGGUGAAUCAGGGAAUGGCAAGGUAUGAAGUAGUUCCGGUGAAUACUGUAUGCGAUAUUGUUGCCGAUCUGUUGUCUUCUGUGUCAAAUCCUAACUCGGACCAUGAUACCAGAUCACCCUCAGCAGCAAGUUUGUCCUCAACACAGCCAGCAAUUUGUCUGUUCCCACAACCUAGUACCACAUCAUCAAAACAUGGGCCGUCGUCGAGUCCACCGAUUAGGCCAUCACCACGUCAAAAACAUAGUUCAUUACCCCACGUAGAAGCCAAUCCAUCCUUACAACCGAGUCAGCCUCUAUACUCUUUGGCACAUAAACAACCACCCGGGAAACGUCUAUUAGUAGGUAAACCAAGGUCACAGUCAGCACAACCAUGGAAUCGCCCGUCACGGAAAAAGCACCCGUCCAAUGGAACCCCUCCACCUGAUAUAGCUACAAGAUCUGUGUCACUCCCGCCUUCACAACUACUGACUAUUGACAGCAGCUCAAAAUCACAAAAAGGUACCGGAAUGAGUCCUAGGAGCAGCAUACGACGCUCAGAGAAACCGAUGUGCAUUUCUCCUUCACAGCUCCCUGCAAAAGGUUCAUCACUUCCGUGCUCAGUCACGUAUGUAUCCACUACUCAAUAUUUGAAUAUUGUCUUUCAUGAUGAUGAGUAUGCACAACUCUUGAAACAACUGUCAUCAUCUACAAGUAAUACCAAAAUCAAUGAUUCUCCACUUUCACUCCAUUGUGGAGAUGCUUGUUUGGCACAAUUCCCCAAUGACACCAAAUGGUAUCGUGCUGUUGUGGUUGAGAAGUGUUCUAGUAGCCACGUCAAAAUUUGCUAUGUUGACUAUGGAGACACUCAUAAAAUCAUGACGUCUAAACUUCUGUCUAUUCCUCAGUCAAUGUGCAAAAUUCCUGCAAAGGCUGUGAAAUGUGUAUUAAAAGGAAUCGAAGCUCAAAUAUUAGCUAACAAAUUGCCUCUGUUCUACCAACUACUAUCCUCAUCUGGACUCACUGCUGAUGUCCAUGGAGCCAUUGGUGACACGGCAGAGAUAUCUCUGCAGCAUCCUGAACAGGGGGAUGUUGGCCGUGCUCUAACGUUUCCUCAGUAUUUCAAACCCAUUAUGCCCCAAGACCCUUUUACACUUCAAGUAACAUUUGUGAAUGGAUCUGUUGUGUAUGGACACCUUGCCACUGAUGAGAAUGCCGCAACAGUGAAAAGAGUGGCCUACGAAGCUGAAAAACAAAGUUCAGAUUAUGUGCAUUUGGAUGACCAUUUUAAUAUCAACGAGUCCUGCUGUGCUCGAUUUUAUGUUGAUGGGACCUGGAGUCGUGCCGUAGUAAAGCAUGUGGACAAUAAUUUUGAAGUUCUCUUCAUAGAUUUUGGUAAUAGCGAAAUUGUUCAAAGGAGCGACUUAGUUAAGUGUGUGGUUCUCCCAGAGAUUCCUGCACUGGCCCUUGCUGUUGAGUGUAGCAAUCCUGACAAAAUUUUGCUGGAUAGUCGUUAUUCAAUCAAGCUUAAAGAGUCAAGCUCCUCUCCUCCCCGUGCAUUCCUAGAACCAUUACCACUCUAACAUUAUUUUACAUCAUUUUCCUAAUUGUAUUGUUGUCAUCUUCACUAUGUAUAAAAUAUCAAGUACCUAUAACAAAAAAUAA